AAAGUUUACAUAAGAAACGAUUUCAAAAUUCUUUAUUUUACUAUUUAGUAUUUCAAUAAAAUAAAAGCUCUGGUCAAUAUGCCUCCUAAGGUUGUAACUAGGCGUCAACGGAAGGCAGCCGAAGCUAAGCGAAAGCAGCUGGAAGUAGAAAGCAGCAAUACAGAAAAAGGACAGGAAAAGCUAGAACUAGGCCCAUCGACAGCGUCUACGGUGGAAUCAACUACUAAGAGAACGCAGAAGGAAGAAAAGCCACAGAACAAUGAUGAAUUACCGCCUGACGAUGUCAACAAGGAAUUUAAGCCCACAUCGUCUUUGACUGAAAUGCUCACAGCACUCUUAGCGGAAAAUAAGAGGAAAAUCGCUAUGGAGAGACCAUUUAAGAGCAUGACUUCGCUGGGUGCGAAAUCAUCAGUAAAUACUACUUCAGAAGAUGUAAAUAUGAAGUCCACUAAUGAAUCAUCUGAAACGCCGACAGCUCUGAAUCCAGAGCUGUUACCAGCGGGCGCGGUAACCUCCGAUAAAAAUAAUAAAGGAUUCAGUUCAAGAAGCAUUCUUCCAAGACCGCCAAGCCCAAAAACAUCUGCGAUUUUAUCUCAAAUUGAGAAAAAGUUGUCGGAAGAGUCAAAAACACGAAAUACAAUCAAACGAAGCUUGAUCGAAAAGGAAGUGCAGGAGCUGUUUCAAGCAAAAAAGAGAAAUAGAGCUAACGAGAAAGAGAAAAAAAAUCACGCAGGCACGCACAAUAAAACAGAAGCAGACGAUGGAGUGGGAACCGCAGAAAAACUUGUGAAUAAGGAACAAGCUUAUAAGAACAAGUUUAAUGAAAUAAAAGAAAACCCGUCCUUAGUACAAGAAGUGUUUGCAAACAGAGCACAGAAAAAUAAUGAAAACCAUGUUGAAAAAAUAGAAAACCCACUAAUAUUUCAUAAGCAAUUUGUGCAUAAGAUACAAAAGAAUUCGGGCAACCCAAAUGGGGAAAACAAAAUUCCACCUCAAGUGCAAGGAGCUGUGGUACAGAACGCACAUCAGAAAGAAAUCAAGCCUACAGGAACGGAUAACAAAACUAAGCCUAUUGAAACCAAAAAAAAUAUGGCACUAUUUCGAAAAGAUAAGUGUAACACCAAGGAAAAUACACAAAUUGAACAAAAAGAUCUGAUUGUCAGGAAAUUGUUGCACACAACAGCCGCUCUAGGACCUGAUAAAAUUGCCAAGAAAAUUGUGUAUCAAAAAUCAAGCCACAGUUCUAGGCGCAUAACAGGUCGUCUUCGAACAGUCUCUUCUGGGAGAUAUGUUACAUUAAAGCCACAGCCAAAGUUAAAAGUAGAAGAGCAGGACCCGCGGCCGGACAUGAAAGUUGGAGAAAAAAAAACGCAAUGUACAAGAGAACUUACAAAAGUACUACUGGAGAAAAAAGAAAAACGGCUCGAAGAAGAGGCUCUUAGAAAACUCAUGCAGCGCAAUCAACAGACCUUGGAACGACCUGUUAAAUCAAUUAUUUCUGCCAGUAAUGACAAAAAUGUGACAGAAAUCGAAUUAGUACGAAAUGACAGAGAUUCAAAAGCAGUUAGCAACAAAAUAUCUUACCCAAAGCCAGCAGAUUCUGGUCGGAACACAACGGAAGAGUUGACGCAAUACAUGGAGCAGAAGACUAAGCAAAAAAAAAGCAAAAAGAAGAAAGGUAGUAAUGGAUGCAAUAUAGUGGCAAUAAUAGAUCACAACCAGUCAAAUUCACUUAAAACCACCGUGAAAUCUCAUCAGCCAAAAAAGAAAGCAUGUGAAAAAAUUGCUAGUAAAAUACCAGUAUUGUGCAACUCACUCAAGAAAGCCAUCACACCACCUCCACCUCCUCCACCGCCCCCAAAUCAUAUAAGGACAAUAAGGAAAAGUACCAUCGGUAUUGGUUUUUCAACUUUCUUUUCGUCGGCUUCUUCUACUGAGGCCUUGAAGGACCAGAAUCCUAAAAAGACUGAUAAUAAUAAGCAGCUACCAACGACUCCUAAGAAAAUAGAAGCAGCUACCAAAAAGGCUGGGCCCAAAAUUUCAGCAAAAGAAAUCAAACCACCUUCAGCAACAACUCAAAUACAAACCAAUCAAAUUGCAAACGCUAAGAAAAUUAAACCAAUACCUGUGGAUAACAACGGCACAGAAGCCAAGGUUGCGUUCAUCAAGACUGAAGCAUCAAAGCUUGAAGAAGUUAAGGGUGCAGAUGCCACAACUCCAAAAACAAAGCCUAUUUUUGCUCGAGAACCGAAAACAACUCCUCCAAAAGUCAAAUUCACUCCUUAUUCAAGUUUUAACGAUGCUCCUGCAGAUCGAGAUGUCUCAAAUGACGGAGAUAAUAAGCAGACUGAUGUAACAGAUGCUUAUUAUCCAUCCCCACCCCAGCCAAUUAAAGUCUUUAGUAAAAGCGGAUACUUUAUUAUCACAGGCACCGACGCUCAAAUCGAGUCACAACUGAUAGAUUUAACGGAAAAUAAUAAUUCGAGUUGGAGGUGCGUGAUGAUGCCUCCGGACGUGUGUGACAAGGUGGAUCAGCAGCUUAAAGAUCUGGAGAAGAACCGUGAGCAAAUAUUGCAAAAAAUGCGAGACAAACACAAAAUGAUAGCAGCAAAACACGAGAGACGUGUAAAAAAAACACGAAAAUAUAGUAAAUACUAGAUUAAAGCACCACUACUGGGGGUUUUAGGAGUGUACCUGACAGAAUCGUUAUAAUAAAUAAAUAGAGUUAUACAAAAACAA